AUGCGCCGCUCUCUAAUCCCCAACCCACCACGCCCUUCCCUCUUCCCCCUCCGCGCAAUCCUCCAGCCAGCCUCCAUCUACACUCCGCACAGCAUCCGCGCUCAAUUCUCAACCAGCAGCUCCCAACAAGAACGUAACCAAAACCAAAACCAAACCUCCGAACCCCGCUCCUCACGCUCUUCGACCAUCAAAGGCCACAAAUUCCAAGAAUGGAAGGGAUCCUCCACAUCAGACCACGCCGUAAACCGCGCCGACAAAAACGACGUCACCGACCCCCUAGUUGAAGGUGUAUCGAGAGGUAGAGCAGAGAAAAGGGAAAAUUUGGGGAUUGCGGAUUCUACAAUGAGUGGUGCUACGACGGAGAGGGAUUUGGGAAGGAAUGCGAAGAGGGCGAAGGAGAAGAAUCCGAAGAGUCCGGAGCCGAUUAUUGGGAUAAACGAUGAGAGGGGGCAGGUCAUUGAGUUGAGAUGGAUCAUGUAUACGCCUUGCCCUAUGUAUGAUUAG